AUGCACGGCUGCAGGUCCGACGGCACAAUAGACGAUUCGGACUUCAGCAACCCUCUUCCAUGGAUCGGCGUCUAUGUCGCCCUCUUUUCUCUGGUCUGCGCCGUCCUGAUGGGAUUCGACUUAGCGGAAGGCUUCCGCCGUCGGAGGCACUGGUUCCCCUGUAGAGCCUUCUCUCUCAACGCUACCACCCUCACCCUAUUGGGCAUCGCCGCGAAGCUCCCGGCCGACAUCAACACUGCCAUGCCCGGCCGCUGGGACCAGCUCUCCAAGCUGACUGGUGCCGUCCUCGUCUGCACCGCCAUGGGGAACAUCAUGCCUUCUCUCGGGGUGACAGACAACAUCUUCUCCAACACCGUGGCUCUCGCAAUUCUCGUGAUCACCGUAGUCGGAAACAUAACAACGCAACUGACCACCGGGGUGAUCUACUCUUUCCAUCUCGAGCAUUAUAUCGUCCUCUCCUUCAUGCUGAUCCUGCUGGCGAUCACCAUCUCCUCUGCUCUGAUCGUGUCAACUACCAAGGAGGACCUGAAGAUGGAAAAAGAGCGGAAUUCUGAUCAGAAGCUGGAGAUGACCGUGGAUGAAUAUUGGUUGAUGGCUCACACGAGUAGCCCACAGUAUGUCCUGGGACGUUCAGCCGCACUGAGUCUUGGGUGUUUUGUCUUCUUGGAGCGGUCCUGUUGAUCCAAGCUGUUUGUCGACCCUUUGUCCAAGAGUUUCGGAAUUUCUGUGCUAGGGAAUCGGACUACGAGUGGUCGUCGGUGGUGGUUUCCAUUUCUCAGAUGGUCACUAUCUCUGUUGGGACUGUUGCUCCGGCUUGGAGAUGCCUCAGCGCCAUCGGAUUCCGCGGAAGGCAGAUUGGUUGGUUUCUGUUUUGGAGUCAAACACCAUUAAGGUGACUUUUCUAAUCAAAUUGGAUAUUAAUGCGAUUAUAAAUGAUUCGUGAUAUUAGGGUUUACCUGGGGCAAAACUGUAAUACAAUUAUAGAACGUAUUAUAUAAAAACCUGCCGUUGGGGUUUCAAGGCAACAGAAUAACACAACUCGUACGGAGACACUAAAUCCAUAGGAGAGAGGGUCUGAUUGCGGGGAUCGAACAGAAGAAAAGAAGAGAAAGAUCGGAAGACGUUCGUCAUUUUUCAUAUUGAUGGCGAAGACAGGUACGUCAAUUUCCAACAAGUGGUAUCAGAGCAGGUUUUCUCCUCUCUGUUCUGAUUUUUCAUAAGGUGACUUUCAUCGCAUAUGAGGCACAUGAGAACUACAGUUACCCAUUAAGUCGCCGCAUGGGGACCACACCAUACGUCGGCAGUGAGGCUGAGAUGAUGGAAGCGGCCGAAUAGGCGACCGUGUCGUCCAUAUGAGGUGUAGACCAAGGCAGCCACUGGCCGCGUUGGCGACCAAGAAAGCUCUGGCCAGGAAGACCACAGCGGCGGCCAUGCAGAGGGCCACUGCGGUAAAGUGGCCUUAGGCAAUGCAGCGUGAGCAUGCAGACGAUCGUCGUACGUCAUCGAGGCGUGGGUUGCCACAACGGCAGUCCCAAUACCCACCGCCGUCGUGCUGGUCUUGGCGGCGGUCCUCAUCGCAGUGGGCCCCGUUUUGCCGACGGACUCGACUAGUAGAGGAUGGGGGAGGUGACGCUGGGGGGGGGCGGGGGGGUCGAUGCUGUCUCCGGUCGGCCUCGGCUCUGUACCGCUGGCUACCGCAGUGGUGGUUGCACUCCAUGCCUCCGCGGUGUGCUCCACCACCGCCGACAUUGGCAGACAGGGGUGGAGCUCAUCUGAGGCGGUAGGGCCUCGACGCGAGUGCCGCUUCCUGGGCCGACGAAGCGGUUCGUGGGAGACGGUGACUCACCGCCCGAGGCGCCGUUAAAGGCGGUGGACGUUUUGCUGCCUAUUAGGGCGGUGGAUAUUUUGCCAUGCAAACCACCUCGCACGGAUCGCGAAACGACGGUCGCCCGGUGAUGACGUCAUAUGACGUCGAUUAUUAUAAAAUACUAAUAAUAAAUACAUAUUUUAUUAUUAUUAUUAUUACGUGUUUUAUUUAUUAUUUAUGUGUUCAUUAUUAGCAUAUUGUAGUUUCAAUGUUCUAAUGUAUUGUCUAUUAUUGUUAUUUUUGAAUAUUAGAUAAUAAUUAGAUGUAUGACAUGCAAUAUGUAUUAGACUAUCAAGAUAGAACAUUAAUUUGUUUAGUCUAAUUAUAAAAAUAUACUAAAUGACAUGUAAUUAUGUGUUUAACCUAGAAAACUUGUGUUCCUCACCAAUGUGACACAAAGUAAGAACAGUUAUUUAUAUUAAUUACAUCAAAUAGAUUUUAAAUCUAAUUCGGAUGGCAUUCAACUUUACAUUUAGAUAAAUGAGAUUAAUGUUACUCACCAAUAUGAGAUUGUUAUGUUUAUAUCUAAAUGGGUGAAAUGAUUGCAUUUACAUAUUAAAUAUAGAGUAUUUAAGUACCAAACGAUAUUAUACUUCAUAAACUUUUAUGUAUGUGCAGUUAGUUUCAUGUUCAUUUAACUAAUAAUACAUUAUUUCAUCUAGUAGAGUUAUAAUGGUAUUAUUGCUAAAUAUAAAGGUCAUUUCAUAUGAGUUGUUUAACUUUAUAAUAGAUAGAGGGGUUAGGGUACGUAUGUUGAAUGACGUAAAUUUCUUAAAAUGGAACGAAGCUUUAAUGUUUCAAUUAGGCCUAAUGGAUUUGAAUCUUUAUUUUCAAGUGUCUAUUCCUCCAGCACUUACUGAUGAAAGUAAUGCGGAUGCAAAGAUUCUCUAUGAAAGAUGGAAGAGAUCUAAUAUAUUGUUUUUAUCAUUCAUAUUACAACAUGUGCCUAAAAAUAUUAGAGGUCAUGUGACUUCUAAUACUCUAGUAACCAUUUACAUGAAAAUGAUUGAAUAAUUUAUUAGGUCUAACAAAGAUAAAGCAGGUGUCUUGAUUCAAAAGUUUACUUUUAUGUGCUAUAUAGUGAAAGAAAAUAUACGAGAGUACAUCAUAGCUAUACGUGACAUUGCAGAAAAAUGAAAUGAUAUGAAUAUUACUAUUCCUAAGAUCUUUUCGGUCCAUUACAUCUUGCAGAUACUACCAAUAAAAUAUGACCUUUUUAAGAUCUCCUAUUACACACAUAAGGAUGAAUGGUCAAUGAUUGAUCUCAUGAUCUAGUGUGCUCAAGAGGAAGAAAGGUAAGCUGCUAGUCAACUAGAGAAGAUAGACACCAUGAAUAUGGUAAUUCACAUAUUAAAGAAGUGUGCAUCAAAGGGCAAGAUGAUGAAGAAAUCUUCAAAGAAGAAGCACAAAUUAGGUGUGGCUAAAAGCUCCAUCUCUAAGGUUAAGUACUUCUUCUAUAAGAAACCUGAUCAUCUGAAAAAAGAAUGCCGGCAACGCGAAGAAUGGCUAAUCAAACAAAAUCUAGGUAAUGAUAUUUCUAUCAUAUGUCAUAAAUCAAAUUUAGCUUAUGUUCUUAAUUCGAAUUAGUGAGUUUACUCAAGUGUCACUGUGCACAUUUCAACCAUCUUGUAUGAGUUUCUAAUAACACAACCUCCAACUGAGUUUGAACUGUAUGUCGUAUUUGAAAAUCGGAUGCAUUCACAUGUAAAGUCAGUGGGAGACUUUAGAAUCACUCUACAGUCUAAAGAAAUUUUACUUCUAAAGAACUACUUUUAUAUUCCAUCAUUACAAUGAAAUUUGAUAUAUGUCAUCAAAUUAGUUGAAGACAAUUAUCACAUCAUUCUUGAUGCAUCAAGCAUAUCUUUAACUAGAGAAAACAUUCUUAUUGAGACUUGCGUAAUUGAUGGAUAAUUUAAGCUUAAUGUUUCUUCUGAAAAUAUUUCUCUAGUUUGCUCGAAUAAAAAUAAUAGAACUAACGACUCUGUAAUUUUGUGGCAUAGAAGGUUGCAACACAUAUCUUAAAAGAUUAAAGGGAGAUUAGUGAAAGAAAGUCUUUUGGAAUCUUUGGAUUUCACAAAUCUCGAUACAUGUGUUGAUUGUAUCAAAGCAAAAAUAAUCAACACAUUUAGAAAAAAUGUCAUAAAAUUUGGGAUAAUGUUAGAUUUGAUUCAUAUAGAUAUAUGUGGACCUUUUCAUCUAUAUUUUAUAGGCCAAAAAUAUGUUGUAACAUUUAUUGAUUAUUAUUCAAGAUUUAUGUAUCUUUACUUUAUACAUGAUAAAUUUGAAGUCUUUGACAUGUUCAAAUAUUUUAAGAAAUAAUUAGAGAAAUAACUAGAAAAAUCUAUAAAAGUAGUCAAAUCAAAUAGAGGUGGAGAAUAUUGUAGUAGACACACUAAGGAAGGACAAAUGUUGGGACCAUUUGCAUUGUUUCUUAAAGAACAUGACAAUGCUAGCCAAGCCUGACAUGAAUGAGGUUGCAGAAAGAUGAAACAUAAUGCUUAAAGAAAUGGUCAAGGUUAUGAUGAGUUAUUUUACUUUUCUAGUCUCAAUGUGCAGUAAAACUUUAAAGAUAGUUGUACAUAUUCUAAAUAAGGUUCUAACAAAAUCCAUAUAGAAAAUUCUUUAUGAGUUACAUGUACAUAUGAGGUUGUCCAGCUGAAAUUAAACUUUAUAAUUCACAUGAGAAAUCUCUAGAUUUAAGGAUAGUCAAUGGAUACUUCAUUGGCUAUUGAUGCUUUCAGAUUUUUAUAGGUGUCAUUAAGUCUAAAUCUUCUCAAUCAAAAUAAGAUAAAUUGAUCUUAAAUUUGAUUCGCACAAGAAUUUGUAAAUAGUGGUGUGUUAGGUCGUAUCCUUAGGAAAUCCGGACUAAAUAAUUUAAUAUUCAUAUGCUUAAGUGAAAGAGGAAGAGAAAAAGGUAAGAGAUAGAGGAAGAACGUGGAUGGGAGAGAUGAGAAGAGUGAGAGAUGCGUUCUUGAUAUGAUUUCUCAUAUUCGGAAGGGAUGAAAUCAGAAAUCGGAUAAUGUGUAAAAUAGUAUUCUUGAAACUUAAUCUACCUUCAAUUUCAAACUGAAAUCUAACCCUAGAUGAACAAGGAUAUAAUUCACCACGAAACUAACUUGGCUUCACCACUCCUUUAUUUUCGCCAAGAAGAGGUGCUCUUGCAGUAGUGGGAGAGGCCUCAUUCAGGCGAGAGGAACUCUUAUUUCUGUCACAAUACAUCUACAAACAUACACAACAGAGCCCUAUAAAACCUUUCCCCUCUAGGUGGGUGCAAGGACCACAAUUUUUCACUAUUCAAAGAGCUGUUCAUAACAUUAUUUUUCCCCCAAUGUAUGGAGUAAUGACUUCCCAUUUCUCUCUCUUUCUUCUCUACGUACGAGAGAGAUUGUCUGAAGGUUUUGGUGACUUCAUGACUUCGUGCCUUUCACCAUUGAAUGGCUAGUUCCUCAUCAAGUCAUCUUCCACCAUUAGAUUGAUGAGCCUUUCUUCAUUUGUGUCAAUAUUCCUUGGCUGUUUGAUUGCUUUUGUCAUAAGGAGCACUUGCUGCAUGUAACGGUUGGAUUUUAGUCACAUAUUGAAUGCCCUAAACUUGAGUAAUAAAUCACUAAAAACUAUUCGAAGAGAAUUAACAAAAUCCUUGAAAUAUAAGGUCCAUCAUAGUAAUGUUAAAUGCGACAUGAAAUGUAUAUCAAAAGAGUAAUUCAAGAAAAUUCAAAAAAAUAUCAAAAAUGUUAAUAUACUUUCAAACAUAUUAAAAUCACAUUAUUAUGGUGAGUAAAUGCUAAAUAAUAUCUCAAAUAAUAUUAAAAUAUAGAAGAUAAAUGUGUAUUUCUGACUUACUAUUUAUGUGUUAUUAGUUAUCUAAAGAGGUGAAGAGGAUAUAGAUUUUAUUAUCUUAUAUAUAUCAUAAGAGUCAUUGAAAUUGAUAGAGUUAUCUUCUUAGAGGAUGUUUAUGUUAGGAGUAUCCUUAGAGAUUUCGUUUUUAAAGAGUUUCACAAAGAUAUUGUUGUACCUCAACAAAUUUCUGGUGAGGUAAUGAUUUUUAUCUUAUUCAGGAGACUGAAGUUUAUUUGUCAUAUAUUGUUCCAACCUUGGACAAUAAUGAAGGAGCAAAUAUACUUAUUCAAGAACAACCACAUGAAUAAUCAUCUAAGUUUACAUAGAUCAAUCUGUUUAAGAUCUACAUCAGGAUCAAGAGACGAAUCUAAGAAGAUAAUGAAAUAGUUGAUUUUCUUUAUCUCUCAAGUGAAAACAUGGGUCAAGAGGUAAAUGAUCCUAUUAUAUUUUCACAGAUCAUGAACUAUGUAAACUCUGAUCAAUGAUUACAAGCUAUGAAGGAAGAGCUUGUGUCUAUAGAUUGUAAUAAAGUAUGAUACAUCAUAAAUUUGUCUAUGGAAAAAAAUCUUAUUAGUUAUAAAUAGGUUUAUAAAACUAAAUUAAAUCCGAUGUCACAAUUGAAUGAUAUAAAGCCAGACUUGAAGCAAAGGUUUCACACAAAAAGAAGUCAUUGAUUUUUAUGAGACGUAUACUCAUAUUUUCUCUAAGGAUUCAUUGAGGAUAGCUAUAGCUUUAGUAAAAAUGACUACAUCAAAUAGAUGUAAAAAUGACUUUCCUAAAUGACAAACUAAAGGAAGAAGUGUAUAUGCAGUAACCUCAAGGAUUUGAGGUUAAAGGUAAAGAACAUAUGAUUUACAAGUUAAAUAAAUCUAUCUAUGAACUCAAGUAAGUUUUCAAACAAUGGUACUUCAAAUUCAAUAAAAUUAUCAUGCCUUUUAAGUUUAAAGAAAACAUUGUUGAUCAAUGUAUAUACCUAAAAGAAAGUGAAAGUUGAUGGAUACUACUUGUGUUGUACAUAGAUGAUAUUUUACUUAUUAGUUUAAAUCUUAGUUUAUUAAAAAAGACCAAAGAAUUUCUAUCAAUCAACUUUGUUAUGAAAGAUAAGAGUGAAGUCAAUUAUGUAAUUGACAUAGAGAUUCAUCGGAAUAGGUCUUUGAAAAUGCUCAAGCUAUUUUAAAGGUCAUACAUAUCAAAUGUGCUAAAAUGAUUUUUGAUAGAAAAUUAUUCUCUUAAUAAAACACUUAUUAUUAAAGGUGAUAAACUAACAAAAUUAUAAGGACCUCUCUCUAAUACAGAGAGGUUUGUAAUGAAGAAAAAAUUAUAUGCUAUUGUAGUUGGGUCUCUUAACUAUGCGUAAAUAUGUAUCUGUCCAGAUUUAUCAUUUGUCAUUGGAUAUCUCGAAAGAUAUCAACGUGACCCUGGUCUAAUACACUAGCAAGCUGCGAAGAAGGUUCUACGAUAUUUUCAAGGAACUAAAAAUCUAAUGCUUACCUAUCAGUGAAUGGAUCAACAAGAGGUCAUUGAAUACUUUGACUCAGACUUUGUUAGAUGUUUGGACACACGAAGAUCAACUUCAAGCUAUGUGUUCUUACUUGUUGGAGGAGUUAUCUCCUAGUCUAAUACCAAGCAAAAGACAUUUGCAGCAUCUACAAUGAAAGUUGAGUAUAUAGCUUACCUCUAGGCAUCUUCGCAAGUUAUAUGGAUGAAGCACUUCAUCACAUAGUUAAGAGUUAUAAACUCUAUGCCUAAACCUACAAGGAUAUACUGUGAUAAUGAAAAUGUUGUCAAAUUCUCUAACAACAACAAGAACUCGAGUACUUGUAAGCACAUAGAGAUUCAGUUCUUGAUUGUGAAAGAGAGAAUUAGAGAUUGAUUAGUGUCAAUUGAUCAUAUUGAGAUUGACUACAUGCUAAUUGAUCCUCUUACGAAGUCACUUCCACGAGAUACUCAUAGUAGACAUGUCUGUAAGAUGGAGUUGAUUAGUUCUCUAGAAGAUAUGGCAUAUAUGUAGACACUAAUGUAAUAUGUGAUGUAGACACUAAUGUAUAUGUAGACAUGUUUGAUCUCUGAAUAUUAGUUUAUGAUGAACUAUCAUUUAUCAUUGAAUAAAUGGGAAUAACAUAUUAUUUAUCUUGUCAUGACAUAAUGAGUGCAUUCAUAAAGGUUCUUUAAAUAUCACAUAAAAUAUUUAAUUUUAAUAUCGAUUAUGAGUAACUUAGUACAUAGAAUAGACAUACAUCGUAAAUGUUAUAUUAUUGCCAUGACUAGUAUUUUUUAAGGAUAUCAAAAUGAAGAUAUCAUUUAUAAACAGUAAGGUUGUGAUUGCUUCACAUGAUUAUCUAAUAGAAAGAAGAUUAAAUAAAGUCAAGUGAGAGAUUAUUAGAGUCAAACUUUAUUAAGUUGACUUUUCUAAUCAAAUUAGAUAUUAAUGUGAUUAUAAAUGAUUCGUGAUAUUAGGGUUUACCUGGGGCGAAACUGUAAUAUGGUUAUUGAACGUAUUAUAUAAAGGCCGGUCCUUGGGGUCUCAACGCAACAGAAUAACACAACUCGUACGGAGACACUCAAUCCAUAGGAGAGAGGUUCUGAUUGCGGGGAUCGAACAGAAGAAAAGGGGAGAAAGAUCGGAAGACGUUUGUCAUUCUCCGCAUUGAUGCCGAAUACAAGUACGUCGAUUUCCAACAUUCUGAUGUUGAAGGAGAGAAUAGAGUCGCGUCUGAAGCCCUGGAUCAAUCGGAGGUGGUUCAGGAAGUCCGGGCGCACUUUGAGUAACAGCGGUCUAUGGUUGUUGAUCGUGACGCAGGCUGUUGUCGUAGUCUUCUGCAAGGUCGUCGCUCUGUUCUCUCUGUUGGUCGGCCUCGGUCUGGGGAAUCUCUGCCUGAUGAUGCGACGCCUCGGGACGCGUCUGUCGUCUGCGAGAUCGGUCUGUUUCGUCGAUGAGGAGACCCCGAUCCCAGAUCAGGGGAAAGAGGAAGUUUUGGGGGCUAUCCUUAGAGGGUUCGUCCUGCAUCUCGAAGGGGAGGAUCAAUUUGUAGAACUGAUCAUGAAAAGCGGUCGGCGGGACUCUGAGAAAUCGAUCCAGGAGGGGCGGGAUCGGCCGCCCGUUCAACUGAGGAAACUCAUCAGAAAGUAUUCUUCAGAGGGUUUCCCAAAGAUCGGUCGUUGCGGCAUUCGUCAGAUGUCUCCCAAUUGCUGGGCGCUGCCGCUGGUGACUCUGGCGAGUAUCGCGUUGGCUAUCCCGGGCAUUGAUAGGACGAAGUUGAAGGCGCUCCGGCGCGGCGUGGAUGAACGGCUAAGAUACGUUCGACUGGUCGACAAGCAUCUCGACAUUUACGGGCUGGUAAAUGCGGCGGAAGCGGCGGACAUUCUGUGGGAUCAAGUCGAUCUAUUCGGCCGGUUGUUUGAUACGAAGCUGUGCCGGCUGUCAGGACGAGGAGAUCACGUUGCGACGGAAGAGAUUCUGAGAAUACUCGAUAAUGUGGGAAUCCUGGAAGAGAUAAGAGGCGGGCAGGAAAAUGGUACAGAACCCGUAAAUUGGCCUCCGAGGGUGCUCGCGGGGAUGUCUAUGAAGACGAUGGCCAGGACAAUUCGGGAGGUUGACGGCGGAGAUGUCGCCGGUGGCCCUAUUUCGGUGGCUGUGCGAAGCGAUCGCCGACUUGCUGGGCGCCUGCCUGAUAAAUAUCCCAAAAGUGGUGUGGAUGGAGUGCAUCUGCAGCAGUACGGAGAAGAGAGAGGAGAGAGUCGAGGAGGCAGCGCUCUUGGUCGGGGAGUCUCAAGAACUACUGGAGUUUCUCAAUCAGCAUCGCGCCAAGGGCUACCCUCCUCAAGAACUAUGGGGUAGAGUUAACGAGUGGGCGUCUCGAUGA